AUGGCGUUCGGCGAAAUUGUAGGCACGUCGUUGGAGGUCCCGCGAGUGACGUCGACUCUGCGAGUGCUGGUGCGAGAUGGCGGACGUCCCUUUGACGUGGAUCAGCAGCUGUUGCAACGAAAACAGGCACUCGCGCGGCGAAGCUCAGCUGGCGCCACGUCAGCAGAAGCAGGCCACGCGGCGCCAGCAGUGGGUGCCACGUCACUUGCGCAACGACUGGUUCCUGAAUGGGAGAAAGCCCCUGGUAGUGUGCGAGAGGCGUACGAGUCGUUUCUAGUGGCCGUCCAAUCACUGCUCGCCACGGAGGUCUCUUCUGCCGACCUGCACGAGGCAGCAGGGGCGGCGUUUGACUGCAUUGACCGCCAGCUCAGCGCAAGGCGGGCGGAGAAGGAGAAGCAGGAACGGCAAGGGGAGGAGGGAGGGCGUUCGGAUGGACUUGCCAGGGCCUUGAGCGAGGCACAUUCGCUCUCCGAUGCUGAUCUGGGCAGCAUAAGAUCUGCUCUCUCUGACCUCCUCGGUCUUAUCUCCUCUGACCUUCCCCUCAUCCGCCGUACAGUCUCUCUCACGCUCCAGCUGCUUGCCUGGCAGCGCACCCACCGCCCCCAACCACACCACCACCACCAGCACCGCUCUGCACCGCACCAGGAACCUUCAGAUUCCUUCAUGUUUGGCGCAGACGUGCCGUUCCAGGUGCCUGGGGCUGGUCUAGAUGGUAACCAGCUGUUACAGCAGUUCUGGGAGGAGGCCAGGGCCCGCACUCAGGCACAGGCUCAGUCGUGUGUGGAGGCGGCUCAGUGGGGGGGAGGCGCGCAGCUGACUGCUGAUGAGCUGUCUCUGGCCGUGCUCAAGCUCAUGCAAUCACUGGGGUCUGGAGAUGAGGUGGCUGGUGAGCUGUUCAACCUAGUGGGCGAUCAGGGCUUCGAGUUCAUCCAGCAACUGCUGCAGCAUCGCAAGGCAUUGGUCUCCGCAGCUCAGUCGGCCCUAUCAGCCCUGAAAGAGGCAGUGGAGGCGGACGCAGCAAGCAGCGGCGCCAGCAACAGCCACGUGCGGCACGGCGCUACAGUGACCGUGCAGACCGAGUCAGAGAAACAGCUGGAGAAGCUCCGAAAGAAAGAGGACAAGAAAAUCGCCCGCGCCGCUGCGAAAACAGGAGGUGGUGGGGGAGUGGGGGGAGUCGGGGGGAGAGGGGGGGUAGAGGGGGAGCUAGCGUGGCUGCUAGGCGCAGGGGGGUUUUCAGCACUGGUGGAGGCUGGGGAGAAUAAAGUCGGAGGGGUGAUUGAUGCUCUGAUAGGCACAGGGGAUGAUGCUGUGUCAGUGAGGGCGCUGCCUGUGGGUACUAAGAGGAAGGCUUUUAAGGGGUAUGAGGAGGUGCAUGUGCCGCCAGCAGCUGUGGAGGGGCCGGGGAGAGCACAGGAGAAGCUGGUGAGGGUGGGUGAGAUGGAGCCGUUUGCUCAGAAGGCGUUUGAGGGGUUUCAGACACUCAACCGCAUUCAGAGCCGCAUCUACCAGCGUGCUUUCUACUCCAAUGAGAACCUGCUGGUGUGUGCGCCUACGGGGGCUGGCAAGACCAAUAUUGCAAUGAUCACAAUUCUACAUGAGGUGGGAGCCAACUUCAAGAAUGGAGUGCUGCAGAAGAACGACUUUAAGAUCGUCUAUGUGGCUCCCAUGAAGGCUCUAGCAGCGGAGAUGGCAGCAGCGUUUGGGCGGCGCUUGGCCCCUCUGGGCCUGGCAGUGCGAGAACUGACUGGCGACAUGCAGCUGACCAAGAGAGAGAUGGAGGAAACGCAGAUGAUAGUGACAACACCCGAGAAAUGGGAUGUGAUAACAAGAAAGAGCUCGGAUGUAUCGAUGGCGUCGCUGGUGCGGCUGCUGGUGAUCGACGAAGUACACUUGCUGAAUGACGACCGAGGCCCCGUGAUUGAGACGCUCGUGGCGCGCACCCUGAGACAGGUGGAGAGCUCUCAGAGCAUGAUUCGCAUCGUGGGCCUCUCGGCAACCUUACCCAACUACACAGAGGUUGCACAAUUCUUGCGAGUCAAUCUCGACACGGGCCUCUUCUAUUUCGAUGCAUCCUACCGCCCGGUGCCGCUCUCCCAGCAGUACAUCGGCGUCUCGGAACCCAACUUCGCCCGCCGCAACACCCUCAUGCAUGAGAUUGCGUAUGAGAAGGCAAUGAAUGCGGUGAAGAAUGGGAAGCAGGCGAUGGUGUUUGUGCAUUCUCGGAAGGACACUGUUAAGACUGCGAGAAUACUGAUGGAGACGGCACAGAGGAACGGGGAGGUGGAGCUGUUCAACUCGCAGGAGCAGCCGCAGUACAAACUCAUGGAGAAGGACGUGAUGCGGUCGCGCAACAGGGAGAUGGCGGAGCUAUUCCAGGCUGGUUUUGGCAUUCACCAUGCCGGCAUGCUGCGCCCCGACCGCUCGCUCACAGAGAAGCUCUUCAGCAUGGGGCUCAUCAAGGUGCUUGUGUGCACAGCCACAUUGGCAUGGGGAGUCAACCUGCCAGCACACACAGUCAUCAUCAAGGGUACGCAGCUGUAUGAUGCCAAGGUUGGCGGCUUCCGGGAGCUGGUGCGGUGCUGUGUGGUGCAGCAGAAGGAAGGAUGCAGCGCCAUGCAUGGUGUGUUGUCUAGUGCAGCUGUUGCAUCAGUUUCCAAUCUGGGGUUUGAAUGGGCUCAGCUCAGUCGCACAGAGGUUCCAACCUGGGUCUUCUCUUUUGUUCUUUCACAGAUCUUUGGCCGAGCAGGGCGGCCGCAGUUUGAUUCGAGUGGGGAGGGCAUCAUCAUCACAGCCCACAACCAGCUCGCACACUACCUGCGCCUCAUGACCCACCAGCUGCCCAUCGAAUCGCAGUUCGUGGCGAUGCUAAAGGAUAAUCUGAAUGCGGAGGUGGUGUUGGGAACAGUCACCAACGUGAAGGAGGCGUCUGCCUGGCUGGGGUACACGUACCUCUUCAUGCGCAUGCAGGCCAACCCGCUUGCUUAUGGCAUGACGUGGCAAGACGUAGCCAUGGAUCCGGGCCUGGUUGCUCGGCGCCAGGCCUUGAUCACCGAGGCUGCUCGUGCUCUGGACCGAGCCAAGAUGAUGAGGUUUGAUGAGCGCAGUGGGCAGCUGUAUGUGACUGAGCUGGGGCGCGUGGCGAGUCACUUCUACAUCCGAUACACGUCUGUGGAGACUUAUAACGAGCUGCUGCGGCGACACAUGAGCGAGAGCGAGAUUGUCGACCUGAUAGCACGAUCAUCCGAGUUUGAGAACAUAGUGGUGAGGGAGGAGGAGAUGCCUGAGCUCUUCACUCUGCGCUCCAAGUUCUGCCCUCUGGACGUGAAGGGCGGGCCAGAGGACAAGAUUGGGAAGAUCAACAUUCUCAUCCAGGUCUACCUAUCGCGCGGCUACCUCGACUCCUUCUCACUCAUCGCCGACACUGCCUAUGUAUCUGCCUCGCUGGGCCGCAUCACACGUGCGCUCUUCGAAAUCGCUCUAAAGCGAGGAUGGUGCUCCCUGGCGGCCUCCCUGCUGGAGAUGGCCAAGGCGGUGGACCAGCGGAUAUGGCCGCACCAGCAUCCUUUGAGGCAGUUCGAGUCCGUGAUUUCUCAAGAGGUGCUGUUCAAGCUGGAGGACCGGGGGCUGGACCUGGACCGGCUGUGUGACAUGGACGACAAUGAGAUUGCUGCCAUCAUCCGCUCGCCCUACGCUGCCAAGCUGGUGUCGCAGUGCGUGUCUCAGUUCCCCUAUCUCGAGCUCGAUGUGCACAUCAGCCCCAUCACCCGCACUGUGCUCCAGGUGACACUCUAUGUGACGCCCACCUUCCAGUGGAAGGACAGAUUCCACGGCAACGCCCAGCGCUGGUGGAUAUGGGUGGAGGACAGCGAGAACGAGCACAUCUACCACACGGAGUAUUUCAUUCUGUCCAAGAAGAUGAUGGCGCAGGGCACACACACGCUCGCCUUCACCAUCCCCAUCUUUGAGCCGCUACCCCCACAGUACUACGUGCGCGCCAUCUCAGACAACUGGCUUUCCUCCUCCUCCACCCACACCAUCUCCUUCCGCCACCUUAUUCUGCCCGAGCGCCACCCGCCCCACACAGAGCUGCUAAAUCUGCGUCCCCUGCCCGUCACUGCACUGGGGGAUCCCGAAGCAAUCGGGCUGUACGGCUUUUCACACUUCAACCCCAUUCAGACUCAGGCCUUCCACACGCUCUACCACACCGACCACAGCGUGCUGCUCGGUGCUCCCACCGGCAGUGGCAAGACCAUCUCGGCUGAGCUUGCCAUGCUCAGGCUGUUCCGCACGCAGCCAGGCAUGAAGGUGAUUUACAUAGCACCGCUUAAAGCCCUGGUGCGAGAGAGGAUGGAGGACUGGGGCAAGAACUUUAUGCCAAAGCUCGGCAAGUGCAUGGUGGAACUAACAGGUGAUCUCACGCCGGACAUGAAGCUGCUGGUGGCGGCUGAUGUGAUUGUGGCGACACCAGAGAAGUGGGACGGCAUCACACGCAGCUGGCACAACCGCUCGUAUGCGCAGACGGUAGGGUUGAUGGUGAUGGAUGAGAUUCACCUGCUGGGGCAGGACAGAGGGCCAGUACUGGAGGUGAUUGUAUCGAGGAUGAGAUACAUCUCUGCCCGCACCUCCCGCCCCAUCCGCUUCCUCGGCCUCUCCACUGCCCUUGCCAAUGCCAGGGACUUAGCGGACUGGCUGGGCAUAGAGCGGGUGGGUCUGUUCAACUUCAAGCCCAGCGUGCGCCCCGUGCCGCUAGACGUGCACAUCCAGGGCUACCCCGGCAAGUUCUACUGUCCGCGCAUGAACGCCAUGAACAAGCCGCUCUACGCCGCCAUUCUCACGCACUCGCCCGUGAAGCCCGUGCUUGUUUUCGUGUCGUCCCGGCGCCAGACUCGGCUGACAGCGCUCGACCUCAUCCAGUACGCAGCAGCGGACGAGCGUCCGAGGCAGUUUGUGCACGCGAGUGAGGAGGAGAUGGAGGCACACGUGGCAAUGGCUUCGUCGGCAGAGCUGAAGCACACACUGCAGUUUGGCAUCGGGCUGCACCACGCUGGGCUCACUCAGAGCGACAGGUCGCUGGUGGAGACACUCUUUGCUGAGAGGAAGAUUCAGGUGCUUGUGUGCACUUCUACCCUCGCAUGGGGUGUGAAUCUACCCGCCCAUCUAGUGGUUGUGAAGGGCACAGAGUACUUUGAUGGGAAGCAGAAGCGGUAUGUGGAGAUGCCCAUCACAGACGUGCUGCAGAUGAUGGGGCGCGCAGGGCGGCCGCAAUUCGACAACGAGGCCAAGGCGGUGAUUCUUGUGCACGAACCCAAAAAGAGCUUCUAUAAGAAGUUCCUAUACGAGCCGUUCCCAGUGGAGUCGUCGCUGCACCUGGUGCUGCACGACCAUCUCAACGCGGAGGUGGCGGGGGGCAGCAUCGCCAGCGUGCAGGACGCCAUGGACUACCUCACCUGGACCUUCUUCUUCCGCCGCCUCCUCUGCAACCCCUCCUUCUACGGGCUUGCUGACACCAGUGCGGAAUCGGUCAACAUUUUCCUCUCAGAUCUGGUCAGCCGCACUCUCUCCGACUUGGAUGCUGCCGGCUGCAUCGCCCUCCACGAGGACGGCAGUGUGGAUCCUCUGCCGCCCGGCCUGAUUGCCUCGCAGUACUACCUCCACUUCACCACCGCCGCACUGUUCACCGCCAAUCUCACUUCGCCGGCCGCUGCUGCGGCAGUGACACUGGAGACGGUCCUUCACGUGCUGUGUGGGGCAGCAGAGUUUGACGAGCUGCCAGUCCGGCAUAACGAGGAGUUUGUGAAUGCUGAGCUGGCGAAGCAUGUGCGCUGGAAGGUGGAUCAUCGCACCUAUGACGACCCGCACACCAAGACCAACCUUCUGCUCCAGGCACAUUUCUCCCGCCUGGCGAUGCCAAUGAGUGACUACGAGACGGAUCUCAAGAGUGUGCUGGAUCAGACCAUUCGAGUGCUACAGGCCAUGAUCGACACCGCCGCUACAGCCGGCCAGCUACAGCCUGCUCUGCUCACCAUGCGCCUCACCCAGAUGGUCAUUCAGGCUGUGUGGUGCGACCUUGGCUCGCCACUAGCCAUGCUGCCACAUGUCACGCCCUCAUUGGAGGACGCGCUGUCAGCUGCCAGGCUGGCAUCGCUAUCCGCCCUGCUGUCCGCCUCGCCACAUCACCUCCGCCAGCUCCUCGCCUCCCACCUCUCGCCUGCCGCUCGCGCCGAUUUCCUCCAGGCUCUGGGAAUGUUACCUAGACUGUCCAUGGCAGUGCGAGUGCUCCCUUCUGGCACAGCUGAUGGGGAGAAAAAGUCUGUUUCUCCUUCUGCUCCAGCAGCAGCAGCAGCAGCAACAGGAGUGGUGGUGGAGGUUUCGCUUCGACGCUCGCGGCCGCACCAGCCACACUCUCUUCGUGCCUACACGCCCUUCUUCCCCAAGGUGAAGGAGGAGGGGUGGUGGGUGGUGGUAGCAGCAGCAGACUCCCCCACCCUGCUGGCCCUCAAGCGUGUCUCCUUCACGCACCGACUCACCACUCGCCUGCACGUGCCUGAACUGCUGUCGUCAGUGAAGCAGCUGUCCGUCCAUCUCAUCUCUGACUGCUAUGUCGGCCUGGACCAGCAAGUGACCGUGUCAACAAAUGCUGCUGCUGCUGUGACUGCUCAAGGGACAAUCGGAAAGCACGUUAUCGAGAACGUGGGGUUUGUUACAGCGGCAGCUGCUGCUGCUGGGGAAGAGAAGAAGGGGAAUGGGCUGGGAGGUGGUGAAGGGUGUCUCGACUCGCGGCCCGUAAUCACAAAGAGCAUACCGCAGCGAUCAUAUUCGGCGCUGCUGACGUCACAUCGCAGGCACAAGCUCUCUCACUCCAUCCUUGACCCACCUGCCACGUCACCACUCGACGACAACCCAGACCAACCGCCACGUCAGCAGUUCCACUGGGACGCGUUCCGCACAGCGCGCAUGGCAGGCGCGGGUCUCUUGCUAUCCGGACCCACGCUGCAUCUGUGGUUCACGCGCAUCGCCAGGUUCAUUCCAGGGACUGACGUGCCUCGUGUGCUGCUCAAGAUCACCCUGGGGCAGCUGCUGUACAGCCCUAUCUUCAACUCCGUGUUCUUCUCAAUCAACGCUGCUCUGCAAGGGGAGAACAGGGAGCAGAUCGUUGCUCGCUUGAGACGAGACCUGAUACCAACGCUCAUCAGUGGCGCCUGCUACUGGCCUGUCUGUGACUUCAUCACAUUCCGAUAUGUCCCCGUGAGACUGCAGGUACUAACGAGCAACACUGCAGCUUUCUUCUGGACCAUCUACGUCACUUACAAAGCGAGCCUGGCUCCUGCUGCUGCUGCAAACGCUGAUGCUGAUGGUGAUGCAACUCAACCGGGUGACAGCAAGGAGGACUAG